AUGGACCGUGACUCCACUGAGUACCCUGGUGUCUCUGCACUUCUGGGGCAGAGCUUCAUCUCCUUCCCUCGCCACGAGGAAGAGCAUCUCCAGCAGACGGUGAGCUGGCACCCCUGCCUGCUGAUCCUGGGCCAGAGCUGCAACGCCAAGUGCCAGCUGCUCAACAUGCUCCUGGGCGAGAAGCUGCUCCCGACCACCAAGAUCAGCAGCGAGGAGAAUUGCAGGAGGCGCCGGAUCCGCUUCACGCACGGGCUGCAGACGCGGGUUAGCCUGGCGCUGCCGGAGCAGUACGAACUGGUCCAUAUGAUGGCAGCCCACCGAGGGCAGUGGGACACCAUCCCGGAGGAGGACCUGGAAGUUCACGGGGACAGCGAAGACCCUGCUCACCGCAUCGCCGAGCUGGAGGUCAUGCUGCCCUACUCGCUUCUAAAGAAAAGGGGGUGAGGAGGAGGGAGCCAAAAAUUUCAUUUGCUUGGGUCGGCUGCUGUGAGAACACAACCUUGUGCUAGUAGGUAUGUGAACUUAGAUUUGUUUUUAUUAAUUGAUAUAAAUGGCCAGGGAAGAAC